CAGGAUAACGAAGCUGCUACUUUCACCUCCUCUUGAAAAAAAACCCGGCUUUUUAUACAGACUGUUUCAUCAUAUCAGGCACCAGCACUGUCCCCCGAUUUACUGCACGUCUGAUAGAGAGGAUUACGCUAUUUGGUGUGGAGUUUUAACAACGACCUCUUGACAAUCAUCAACACCGCUGAUAAUGGAUGUGAUAGUGCGUCGCUGUCCGUUCCUGGCUCGUGUGCCCCAGGCCUUCUACCAGCAGCCUAAAAAGUCUAUGGUGGUCUAUGCCCAGCGCUGCCCCGUCAUGAUGGAGCUGGCAUCCAAACCCAUGGCUCCACAACUUGCACGCGCCCUCUGUUCAUCAUCUUCCCACCAGAAGACUGAGGUCCUCUUGUCUACCAGUGAAGCCUCCAAAAAGGAAGUGGAGCCCAAGCUGCCUGCUGGCCACCCUAUGCCGCCCUCAGGGCAGGUUGUGGCUUCCAAAUGCCCCUUCCUGGCUGCUGAAAUGGGCCAGAAGAACAGCAGUGUGGUCCGCCAGGUUGGCAUGGAGUUCCAAGAGGAUGUUGAGGAAGUCCGCACUGUCCAGAAAGAAGUGUCUUCUGCCCAGUUGAAGAAGCCAUCUAUGGCCAGUACCGUAAAGGAAAGCGGAGGGAGUCAAACUAAUAUAAUAAAAACCCUCCUGAAGCAACGGCCGAAAAGGGUCUCCCACCUGUUGCAGGACAACUUGACAGGCACUAUGUCCCGCUUCGAGUAUGAUGACUUUUUUGAGAGGAAGAUAGAGGAGAAGAAGAGUGACCACACCUACCGCGUGUUUAAAACUGUAAACCGCCUGGCCAACGAGUUCCCCAUGGCCAACGAUUUCACCAGGUCCUUAGAGGAUAAAAGGGAGGUGUCUGUAUGGUGCAGCAACGACUACCUGGGCAUGAGUCGACACCCUCGAGUUCUACAAUCCAUCACGGAUACUUUACGAAAGCAUGGUUCAGGGGCGGGAGGAACCAGGAACAUCUCUGGGACCAGUAAAUUCCAUGUGGAACUGGAACACGAACUGGCUGACCUCCACAAAAAGGACGCAGCGCUCCUUUUCACCUCCUGCUUUGUAGCCAAUGACUCCACCCUCUUCACCCUUGCCAAGAUGCUGCCUGGUUGUGAAAUCUACUCUGACUCAGGCAACCACGCCUCAAUGAUUCAGGGUAUCAGGAACAGCGGUGCUAAGAAAUUUAUUUUCCGCCACAAUGAUGUGGCCCAUCUUAGAGAGCUGCUGCAGAAGGGAGACCCCAGCAAACCGAAGAUCGUGGCCUUUGAGACCGUCCAUUCCAUGGAUGGUGCUGUGUGUCCAUUGGAGGAGAUGUGCGAUGUUUCUCAUGAGUUCGGAGCCAUCACCUUUGUAGACGAGGUUCAUGCUGUGGGCCUGUAUGGCGCCAGAGGAGGGGGCAUCGGAGAUCGUGACGGCAUUAUGCAUAAGAUGGAUAUCAUCUCAGGGACAUUAGGCAAGGCCUUCGGUUGUGUGGGCGGCUACAUCGCGAGUACCUCUGCCCUGAUAGACACGGUUCGUUCCUACGCUGCUGGCUUUAUCUUUACCACCUCUCUGCCACCGAUGCUGUUAGCUGGAGCGAAGCAGUCUAUUCAGGUCCUUAAAGAGGAGGAGGGCCGCUCACUGAGACGUAAACACCAGCGCAAUGUCAAGCUGCUCAGACAAAUGCUGAUGGACUCGGGGCUGCCUGUGGUGCACUGCCCUAGCCACAUAAUCCCAGUUCGGGUAUCAGAUGCCGAGAAGAACACAGAGGUGUGUGACCUCAUGAUGAGUCGCCACAACAUCUACGUUCAGGCCAUCAACUACCCCACAGUUGCCAGAGGAGAGGAGCUUCUGCGUAUCGCUCCAACACCUCACCACACACCUGAGAUGAUGAAAUACUUUGUUGAGAGGCUGGUUGACACAUGGAAGGAGGUGGGUCUGGAGCUAAAGCCUCACUCAUCGGCAGAGUGUAACUUCUGCCAACAGCCGCUGCACUUUGAGCUGAUGAGCGAGAGAGAAAAGUCUUACUUCAGUGGCCUCAGCCACCCUAUCUCGGCCUGCGCAUAACACUACUCACUACUGCUGGCUCGAGAUGGCACAUAUACAUUCAACGCCCAUUCCUCUAUCACUGUCAUAGAAUGUAUUAAUUAUCUUUGAUAAGUCCCCCUACACAUAUUAUUUAAAAUAUUCUAUGUCCAGAUGUUCUAUAUGCUGAAAAUAAAAUAUGAGAAAAGAAA